CGCGGGCGAAGAGCUGAGUCACCCCCAGUGGCUUAUUUAUUGUGCCACGGCUCAACCACUUAGCACUAAUCUGUGUGCCUUCUCGUUGUUUUGUUUUUCACCCCAUAAUUCACUCGUGACGCUGAGUUUUCACUUUUCAGAAAGAGAGACCACACCUAGCUGAAUCGACACCCAUGGAUUUCCAUCCCACUUGCAAGGACAAGAAAGCCGUUGACCAGUCGAUGUUACUAUGCUGCAAGAUGUUCAUCUCUGAAGCACGAAACAGUGCAACACUUGACGCCAUUGAAGAAGCCGCGAGGGCGAACCCAGAAACCGUGAUCAUAACCAAAUGUGACGACAGAGCUUACAACAGAACAAGGUACACUCUUGUAUCUUACGUGCUUCAUGACUGUACAGGAAAUGCUAUAUAUAGCCCCUUGCACCAAACGGUGAUAGCCAUGGCGGAGGUUGCAUUCAACUCCAUCAACCUUGAAUCACAUGAUGGUGCUCAUCCAAGAUUAGGCGUUGUGGAUGAUAUUUUGUUCCACCCUCUUGGUCGUGCCUCACUGGAUGAGGCUGCUUGGCUUGCUAAAGCAGUUGCUGCUGACAUUGGCAGUCGAUUCAAUGUGCCAGUGUUUUUGUAUGCUGCAGCACACCCAACAGGGAAACCCCUUGACAUUAUCAGGCGAGAGCUAGGGUAUUACAGGCCUAAUUUCAUGGGAAGCCAAUGGGCAGGAUGGACGAUGCCUGAGAUCCUUCCACAGAACCCUGAGGAGGGACCUAUCAUGGUUUCAAAAGCCAAAGGCAUCUCCAUGAUCGGUGCACGUCCUUGGGUGGCUCUCUACAACAUACCCAUUUUGUCCACAGAUGUAUCAGCAACAAGGAGGAUUGCAAAGACGGUUAGUGCUCGUGGCGGUGGACUGCCAACAGUUCAGACACUAGGGCUCGUUCAUGGUGAAGACUCAACUGAAAUUGCCUGCAUGCUACUGGAGCCAAACCAGGUCGGAGCCGACCGGGUGCAGAAUCGAGUCGAGAUGCUGGCUGCUGAAGAGGGUUUGGAUGUAGAGAGGGGAUAUUUCACUGAUUUUUCUCCGGAAAUGGUCAUAGAAAAAUAUACCUCUUUAAUUGCUGGUAAUAGAAAGUGAUCUCCUGAUCACUUGCUAGUUGCUAUCUAAGCGAAAACAACUUCUUUGUAACUCAAAGAAAGAUACAUGUUGUAAAUUGCCUUAAUGGUUGACUUGACCCUAAUGGCAACCAAAUGAUGGUUUUUACCAAAAUAAAACAAACACCUGAAAAACUGCUGCUCA